AUGGCGCCUGCGGGAGUUCUCAUUAACCGCUCUGUUAAAGGGAAAGACGAGAAGGAAUUGUGGUUCGUGCUCAAUGGUGUGCCCGUGAGGUACUCAAUCAUUAAGCAUGCACUUAUAUGUGGCUUGAAGUGUGGAAAAUAUCCAGAAGAAUGGGAGAGCUUCAAAAAGAGUGAGUUCAGGAAAAAGACUUUCGGACGUAAGAAGGUUUGUUUGAAUGAUGUGGUGGAGAAAUUGAGAUAUAUGUCACCCCAGAGGGCAGCAGAUCGUAAGAGAUUGGCUAUUGUAUGCUUGAUGGCCGGAAUCUUGGAUCAUGCCCUGUCAUCCGAACAAAUCAGCCAUGAUUUGUUCGACAUGGUUGAUGAUUUACGUUUCUAUGAACGAUUUCCGUGGGGUCGAUACACUUCCAAAACCUUCUGA